ACUACGUAGCCCCGCCCCUUUAUUUUCGUCACUUCGUCCGGCGCGCAUCUCCAGAGCAGAAUGGCGGCUCUUUUGGAAUCGCUUCUGUUGAAGAAAGUGGACAAUAAAUCGGUUUUGGAAUGGCUAAAGAAUGUUGAGGAUGGUGACAAACUGUCAUUCAGUAAACCUGGGGUGACCGUGCACAAACAGGAAUUUGUCCCUUUUCUCUUGAACUUCCUGAGGGAGCAGAGCAGUCAAGUACUAACCAAUGGCCCUGCCACGCCAGCCAAGACCCCCAGUCGUCCUAAGCCUCCUGCUCAGACUCAAGGGUUUACUGAUAGGAAGAGCUGCAGGUCUGCUGGAGGUGGAGUUGGCUCUAGGAGUGCCAGCCGGGUUCAGCUUUUUACACCCGCCACAUCUGAAUCGUCUGGAACUGAUUGGGAUGCUGUUGGCCAGACUGGGUCCCACUGCCUGAGUGGAGUGAGUGCCUUCAGCAGUCCCUCUUUUACCACAGCAUGCAGUCCAGCUUUCAGACCCCAAGGCUCUGAGCGCAGGUCUGGCCAGAGGAUCAGUCUUGGGGACUAUAUAGUUUCUCCUCCAGAACUCCAGCACAGCCCUAACUUCCAGUCACAGAAGGGCCGUAAAAGAAGUAGUGGUGGCGCCCCACCUGGGGGACAAGGGAGACGUGGAGGACAUCACAAUGAUGAAAGUGGUGGGCGGAGGACAAGUAGAGGGGGGGGAGGAGUAAUAUCCAGUAGAAUAACUGAACAGGUUUCACCCCCAAAAAUGGAAAAGCUUAAUCUUAACAACUUGGAGGAUUUCCCUCCGGUUGGGUCAUCAACAGUUUCACCAGCGGCUUCUAAACCAUCUAGACGCAUAAACCCAACACCAGUGAGUGCAGAGCGACCACAUUCCAAACCAAAGACCUGCUUCACUUCCACCCCGUUCAGUAAACCAUCUAGUCCCCCACCAGGAGUGGAGGCGCUUGAGGGACUGAUGUCUGUGGGCAGUCCUCUGAGCUUGCAGGAAGAGAGGGAACUACUUAAGCGAGAGAAAAAAAAGCGUGCCCACCAGUUCAGCUCCCCUCCGCCGCCACUUUUGGAGCCUUGCACUCCAACAAAGUCAGAUCUUAGGGCAGUAUCUAAAGUUACACCAGAUCCUCAGACAUGUUAUCCCGAGCCAUCCAAAGUCACCUUUUGCUUGGAACUGGAUCUCCUGGCAGAGCUGUAUUGUACCUGCAUUUCUGAAAAUCUAGUGCCAAACAUCAUCUUGGAGCUUUUCUUUGUGAUGCAGUUGCUAACUUCUUGGCCCACUCACAAACACGAUGAUGAUAACCAGCAAAGUCUGUGUAGAGUAAAUUCAGAUGUUUUGGAGAGAUGUUACUUACGAGAAAUACACAACUGUGUGUAUUUUGCAGUAAAGGUUCUGGAGGAUCAGUUUCAGUUGGUGUCUCAUUUGGACAAGUGCACACUGCGUCUGCUGGCAGAGAAUGAACGAGUGGCAUCUUUUUCUCCAGAACUCAGGGACCGUCUGACUCAAGCGCAGGAUAGAAGCACAGCCAAGCUCUCUCCAUCAGCCUCUACUUUUAUCCACUCAGUCCCAUUCCAACCUGCUACUGACAACAGGUCCAAUUUUGGUAGUGACAAGGCCUUCCACACUUUUAAAAAACAAAGAGAUAUUUUUUAUGAGCUGCUACGAGAAUGGGAGGACUUUCACAAAGAACCAGGGUGGAACUUUGAUUCUGUUCUUGGUAGUAGGAUAAGAGGGAUGAUGAGUCAGCUGACCUCUGCAGGGACGCAUUCCCACUUUGCUCGUCUUUUCCUAAAGCAACUUGUUCAGAUGUGUAAAUACCCAAGUGUCAACACCUCUCCCGGAGACUCGGCUGAUGCUGACCUGCUGGGCAUGCUGGGAGCGGACAGCUUGGGACGCCUGAAGCGGCUUGAAGAGCGUCUCAUUCAGCCUCAUGGCGUCAUUGGUCCCUGCCCUCCUCCAUCUUUCCCUGGUCAACAAGAGUUCUUCAGAGACUUCCUGCAGACAGCUAGUUGUUGCCAGCUGAACCAGCACUUGCAGGACAGCCUGUGCCAGCAGCUUCUCCAGCUGGAUGAGGUGUCCAUCCUGAGCCCCCCUGCUUCCACAGGUGAGGGAGAAGAAGAAGACGGGGACAUGGAGCAGCAGGAUGAGAAGCAGCGGUUUGCCUCAGUGCUGCUCCUUGCUCGUCUACUGGCUAAGUUUCUGGGUUUCAUUUCCUUUCUACCCUAUCAAACCUCUGAGAAGCCAUCCAAGGAGAUACAAGACUCAGCCAUAAUAAUGCGCAGCACGAGUGUCCCUGUGCUGGAUGUCUGUACUGUGCUGAGGAAAAGCAUGAAGAGGAGACGCACCAUCCUGACUGUACCGUGGCUUGUGGAGUUCCUAUCUAUGCUGGAUUUUGUUGGUCCCUUGCUGCUCUGCUACAGGACCGCACUGGCAACUCUUCUUCUCCUGUACAGGAGAUUGCUGCUGAGAAGAUGUGGAGAAAUCUGCUACUUAAAUAAGCUUCUAAUGGUUUCUGUGUUAGGAUGGCUUUUCCAGAUCCCAGUUAUACCAGAAGACAUUUUCUUCACCAAUGAGCUGGCUGAGGUGCCUGAACUGGAGGAUAGCAACACAAGUGGUGCAGGACUUGACUGCAUUUUGCUUGUGGAUCAGCAACUUCUCUAUACAUGUUGUCCAUUUCUAGGGGAGUUUCGUAAGCUCCUAGCAGCAUUUGUGUCUGGGAGCACAGCCAAGAGUGGAGGAAUUAUCCGCAAGAUCACUCCCACUUCUGCUGAGCUCAGGGAUACGCCAGCUGCCAACAGGCUCCAGCAGAAACUGCAGGUGGAUCUCGAGCAGGCCUUCUUCCACAACCAGCCUCCUUCAUUGCGUCGCACGGUGGAGUUUGUGGCCGAGCGGGUUGGCUCCAAUUCCGUCAAGCAUAUGAAGGCUACGUUGGUGAGUGAAUUGGUGGAGAGAGGAGAGAAGAUGCUGAGAGAUGGACUGCAGUUGUCACACUGCAAUCCUUCAAAACUUAAUGACUCCAUCUGUGCUCAGUUGUGUGAUGCUGGAUUAGAAGCUCUGACAAAAGCCACCAGAUUUUGCUGUGAGAAAAGUCCUGAAGCUAUACGGAUCUUGCUCCCUGAGGAGACCUCCCCUGCUGUCCUGAUGACAUCUGAAAACAUCACCAAGCGUCUUGCGACAGAAAAGGCCUGCAGCUGGCUCUCUGCAAACAUUACAGCGCUUAUAAGGCGAGAGUGGAAGAGCAGGUAUGACCGUGUACUGAAGGCUCUAGGCAGCCCGGUGUCGCCGGUCUCUGGGGAUGUGGGACAUGCUGGGGUUGGGCUGGUCACUCAGGAGCAGUCCACUCCCAAGAGGAAACAAGGAUGUGAGAGAGCGGCUGCCUGCCCUCCACAGUGCAGCCACAGUGCAUCACUGCCCUCAGAUAUUUUAAUUGAACUGAAGGAGCUCCUGAGCAUUGCAGUAGGUCCCAGGACUGAUGAGGAGUUGCCAACUAGCUCUCAAGUCAAAAUACUGCUCCAGAAAGUGGGAGACACUCUGGCCUGCAAGAAGUUUUUAACUGUGGUGUCCGAGCAGAUGCUACUGAAUACCACUGUUUUACUGGCCUGCAGACUGGUGUCUGCGGAGCUGCCGGUGCUGUCGACGUCCGGGUUCAGCGUAGGCGUUGAGGAUGUCGUGGAUCCUGGUUUGGGGUCAGAUCCUGCCGUCAGAACUCUGCUGGAGCAGCUUGCCGAGCUGUGGGGAGGAGACUGGUGUUCCUCUGUCCCUCUCCACCUGCUCUUCACCCCUCUCACCGUCACUGCAGUGCUGAAGGCUAGUGACACUGAGUGGAACAACUACCUAUUCCUAGUGAGAAAGCUGGUUGAAAUGGGAAUCAUGGUUGAAGAAGAGGUCAUAUCUCAUUGGAAGAAGCUAACAAACUUGGCUCUGCCAGUUGGACUGAUAGAGAAAUUUCAGCAUCAGUCACAAAGCAUGAACCCCACCCUGCCUCUAGCCGAGAUGCCGAGUCACAUGGACAGGCUGCAGAUCUCGCACCAGACAGUGGAGGGCGCCACUUGACGGCAAUAAUAUCACCAAGUAUCCUACAGCAUUUCAGUGUGGAUCUGUUUUUGAAAAGAGACAGCUGGCUCCCCUCAUGGUGGUUACCAUUUUCCAGUGCAACUCAUCACCAGUGUUUCACAGCCAGCAAAGACUUUGCAACUUUUGGACUUCAACUUUUUUUUUAAUGUGUGAAGUGACAACAGCUUUUUAUAAUUCACCCAGUCUUGCUUGUAAAAGCCAGAAAACCUAUACAGUUGUACCUAGUAGUGUUGCUGCAGUAGCUUCCAAGGGAUCCUUUAUUCUGAGUAUUGGAAUGAGCCUUUCGAACAGUUAGGAUUACAGGACACAAAGCUUUUACAGCUCAGGAUGCUCUGGCUCUGUAAAAUGUGAAAAAAGUCCCUAGACUGGUCCAAUUCAACCAGACAACUCUGAAUAAGAGAUGCUGCUGGACAUUUCCUGCAGUAGAUUAAAACCUAUUUUUAACCGUCCUCCACACCACGAAAGACGGUUAAAAGCGCUGAGCACUUUCAACGCUGCCUUCGACCGCCACAACUAGUGAGUUGCAUGUUUAUUUCAUGAAUGCUCCGUGGCAUUUGUGGUUGUUUUAGUUCACGUUGAACAAGCAAUGAAAAUCUCCUGCUGCUUUUUUAAAAAUGAAAUUAUUUUAUAUUCCCUCAAUUUCAAACGUAUAAUAAUAAAGCUGUAUUGUGGUUCA